UCCCCAAGCAGAACGGAAGCCAUUCAAGUACCUCCGUGUGUCAAAGCCCGUGGCGACAGGUCUCCGAUCACUAACUGAAAAAUGUCCGAAACCGAAGAGCUUGCCAAGAAAUUGCAGAGAAGAAACGAUAUCAAUGAUGGGAUAGAAGAAGGCUCACUGCCCUCAGCACGUGUCUUUAAUCCUUACACCGAAUUCAAAGAAUUCACUCGGAAGCAAAUCAAAGAUUUCGAAAGGACAUUUAAAAAGUACGAUGUGAACGAUGACAAGUUUAUUGACUUGAUGGAAUUGAAGCUGAUGAUGGAGAAGCUUGGAGCACCCCAGACCCAUGUCUCCCUUAAGAACAUGAUUAAUGAGGUGGAUGAGGACAAGGACUCCAAGAUCAGCUUCAGAGAAUUCCUGCUGAUAUUCCGCAAGGCUGCUGCUGGUGAGCUAGAUGAGGGUAGCGGUCUGUACGAACUGUAUGCCAACGUCUCUGAGAUAGAUGUUGAUGAGACAGGAGUCCUAGGAGCCAAGGACUUCUUCGAAGCUAAGAUCAAGACACAAACUAUUCAGAGCAAAUUUGAGGAUGAGAUCCGCCAAGAGCAGGAGGAUAAGAAACGAGAAGCAGAAGAAGCCAAAGAAAGACGACAAGCUUUCAAGGCUAAACGGGAAGUGUUUGGUCAGCAGUAAGGGAGAUCCCCCCCACACAAGCGGAGGAAAAAACUAAAGGGAGAGAACUCUCAAUUUAUGGCUUAGAAAUAUAGGAUUAAGGAGUGAAGUUUCCCUCACAAAUAAAAUAUGGUUGUUUUUCUAGGAAAUAAUUCAAGAAUUAAUUAUUGGUUGAUAUAAUGGUAUUUGAUAUAAA